AUGGAUGUCAUAGAAAAAGAAGAAGACGACGUAAACCAUGUAAUAAAUCACUCUCCUCAGUAUAUGGAGAUUAGUGAAAUUCAAUCAUUUGAGCUGAAACGGGAUGACGUUGCAUUAAAAAGAUUACUAGGAAGUGGUAACUUCGGUGAAGUAUAUAAAGCCACCAUGGGGAACGAUACAGUGGCUGUGAAAUCUCUUAAAGGUAACAUCUGCCUAGGGUUUUAUUGCCUCUUUAUACAUGUUAAGUAUUAUCCUUGUGGAAAGGCUGCCUCGCUGGCGACACGAUUUCCAAGGCGUAUUAUUAACGUUUACAUGUAUAUCGUGAUUCUUAUCUUAACCAUAAACUUAGAUCGAAAGGGCGUAUAAUCACUUUUCUUAGCUAGUGUUACGUUUCUGGACAAUUUGAUCCAAUAGUUGGUUAUAUAUUCUUAAAUAAUUAGUGUGUGGUUUGUAUUGUGUGGUCAUUCAGUGUCAUCUCAAAAGGAAAUUAAACAACAUCAGCGACAACCUCUACAGCAAUAAGCAUGAUUUAAUACUUUUAUAGAUGUAUCUUGUUUUUCAUAUCGAGUUUCCGAAACCUAGAGUAUAGUGAUUGUGGGCAGCAUCCAUUGAGUAAAACCAGAAUUAGGCUCUACUACCUGCUAAAAAGGAUGAUUCCGGCACAUUGUUUCAUCGAAUUUAAGGAAGCGCCACUGACAAAGAUAAACAAGAUAUGGUCACAGAGCUGAAUGUUAUGAAGAGACUCAAGCCUCACCCUCAUGUCUUGAAGCUGAUUGGCUGCUGUAGCAUCGGUGGUAAGUAAGUCCCACAUCUCCUGAGUGCAACUCGAUACAAAAAGACAGCUUAAACAAACAAAAACAAACAAACAAAAACGAAAAGCAAAACGAAACAACGACAAACAGAAAAUUAAGACAAUUAAUGCGAGUAUUUGAAGUUAGGGAACUAAAGCGGACAAUAGGGAAGAAUUAAAAAAAAGAAAACAAAAACAAAACAUAAUUAGUCCUUUGAUUCAUAUGUUUCUUAAAACAAACCAAGGAUUAGGUCGGACUUACAGGAACAAAAAAAUGACAAAAGAACAAAAACAAAACCAAACCAAACCAAACCAAAAAGAAGAAGAAGAAGAAGAAAAAAAGAGCCACACUUCCAAAGACCUGCGCACUGGUAUUAAUGGUGGUUUACGCGAAACGAAGGAAAGUGGGUAAACUGCCAACAUUUCAUCAAUUCCUUACUGUAGUGGCAUCCGUGUUAAACUGAGGUAUUCAAUUUGUUUAAUUAUUCAAAUGCAUGACAGUGUAUAGAUGAACUCAAGUAAAUCAGCGAGUGUCUGAAAACCAAAGCAAAAAACUCUCCAUUCCAUCAUAUAAGUACUGUUCAUACUUAUCCAUUCGAUUAGAACGGAUUCAUUUUUCGAAACGUAUGUAUGUCUCUAGAUCCUCUUCUUAUCGUCUUGGAGUAUUUGCCGUAUGGUGAUCUACUGGGAUAUCUAAGGAAAAGCAGAGGACAUUCAGACAGCUACAACACAGGAGAAAAGAAACCCUCAUCCAAGCUCACAGCGAAAGAUCUCUUGUCAUUCGCAUGGAUGAUAGCUGAUGGGAUGCAAUAUUUGGCCACAAUGAAGGUGAGGUGAAGCAAUCUCCUGAAUAAGUGAUAUAUCUGAUUCACUGCUUAAGUGCCAAGCACCUCUCGGGACAACAGGAAAAGUAUUACUAAACUUGCUAUAUAUACCUCUUAUUAGCCGAGUUUUCGGUCAUAAAUCGAUGGAAAAAAACGAGGAUCCAUAAUUUACAGUACGGAUCGAAAAUACGAGGCUAAUAAGAUGUUUAUUAUAUGGCUUCUUCCCGUUUGGGGGAAUGGAAACAAGUGCAGGACACACGAUUUGACAGUCAUUUGACAGGCGUCUAAAAAGAAAGUUUUGAUUGGCGCACGAAAACAAUAGCACUUAACAAAGGCUUUCCGAGAAAGUAAAAACAAAUUCGCAAUGUCAGUGAAAACGUUUAUUCGGUCAAAACUAAGAGCACAGUAAGUUUUAACUCUUUAAUGUAACGCUGGAGUAUUUUGGAAACCGGACACUGUGUCUGUCUAGAAGUCUUUUCCAUCUUUCCUCCGUUUGUCCUUGUAAAAAAAAAAAAAAACACUGCAAAAGGCAAAGAAGCUUUUCAAGGUAAGUUGUUGUCAUUGUCGAAGGAUUCGCUCGUUAAUUGUUUUUGCAAAACCUCUCUUUCUGCCAGUUCAUUCUCGUCUUCAGUUGUGAUCUGCGUUAAAAUUUUCAAACAUUGACUACAAUUCUCUUCCUCGGUAAGGUUACGAUUCAGUUUCUACAUCAGCUUCGUUCUCAUUAAAACAAAGCUACAGGUUAGGAAAAGCAAAGUCAACACCCCAGUCCUCAGGGUUUACAGACAUAUUUUAAAGUUUAUUCGGUCAAAACUAAGAGCACUGUAAGAAUUCACUCUUUAAUGUGACGCUGGAGUCUUUUGAAAACUGGACAUUACUGUGUCUGGCUCGAACUCGCUUCCAUCUUUCUUUCGUUGGCCUUUGAAAAAACACUGCAAAUUGCAAAGAAGCUUGUCAAGAUGAUCGUGUGUAGGUAUGCUUGUUAUCAUAUUUGUCGAAGGAAUUACCCAUUUUCUCUUAGGCAAAACAUCUCGAAUCUCUGCCAGUCGAUUUUCGUCUUCUUAACUAUGUACUACGAUAAAAUUUUCAAACACUGACUAGAAUCCUCUUCGAUAAGUUUACGAGUUAGUUUCUUCAUCGCCUUCGUUCUCAAAUAAACACAGUUUAAAAUGUUGAAGGCCAAAGUCAACAUCCAAGUCCUAAAGGUUAACAGGCGUCUUAUAACUUUAUUUAAACCUUUUUUCCGAGGAAAAGAGAUUUAGAGCUCCGAAAUUAGCAUUUUCUUUAAAAAUUUUGGUCCGUAUAGCAAGUUAUGGACCGCAAAUUGACCAAUGGCAUGGCGAAAACAGACUCAGCCAUAUAAUAAAGACUAGUAUUGAAUGCUCACCGGACCGACCCAAAAAGUUGCUGUUUGUUCUUAUUGUUAUUCACUUUACUUAUAGAAGUAAAAUAAGACGAUGAAAGUAAAAGCAAAAGUAAAAGUAAAACUAAGACGGUGCUGUGACCGCGGUUAUUAGAUUUUCGCCUGACUUACCGCACCACAAUAUGCCACACAAAUAAAAAACGCAACUUUCGUUCGUUUUUCUUACGAUUGACCUGUUUCUUAACACUAAUCACGAUAAAUUGGCCACAAAAACGGAACUUUUUGAAUAAAAUGAUCCUCAAUGUUGGAUGUCAUCGGUAAACGUCGACUUUGCGUAAUGGCAAUGUGGUCCGAAAAUAAUAAUUAUUCGUUUUUUGACCAGAACUGCGGAAAAUAGUAUAAUGUUUCAAAAUUCGUCCUAAUUAGUGUGGAAAGAAAAUACCGUUUCCAGUUAGUUAUUUAUUUAGUUUUUAAUUUAUCCAUUACCCCCGUCCCCUUUUCUGCUCGUAUUCGCCAUAAAAGCUAACAAACUUUCACUUAGGUUUGGACUGCUAGGGAGGUUUUAAAUCUAACGUAAACAUUUAUCAACUUCCAGGUGAUCCAUCGUGAUUUGGCUGCUCGUAACAUUCUUGUCGGCGAAAACCAAGUGUGCAAAAUUUCUGACUUUGGACUAGCGCGUGACGUACGUGAUGGUAUUUAUAUGCGGGCAUCUAAGGUAGUGAUUUUAUCUUCAUGUCUGUUAAGUGAAAAUAAUUAACCCGUCGAAGGAAGGGUCCUGAAAUAUUUAUUUUAUUUUUACAGUUGUUUUGAUAUUUAUUGGUUGGAUCAAAACAUUCAUUUUUGCUUGCUCGUACGUAAUUGCUAAUGGUCUUUCUUUCCUUGUAAAGGCUCGUCUUCCAGUCAAGUGGAUGCCUCCAGAGUCUCUCUUUCACGGUGAAUGCAGCACUAUGAGUGAUGUGUUAGUAGCCUCUUUUGAUUUAUUCCGUUUUGGCUUUCGAACCUCUUCGUAUCUUUUCCCUUGUAAACCAUACAUAAUUAUAAUGCCAGAAAAUAUCUUCCCUUUACAUUGUGCAAUGGUGGAAUUAAUUUUAAAAGUGAGCUUCAUAUGGUUUACGUUAAGUAAAGGGCCGUGGCAUUUUAUAGGGGUUGUCUUGGCCGCUAAAUAAGGUGUAUGAUCACAACGUUUCCUAAGCUGCAGAACGACCGCCUGAUCGCAGGUUAAGAAUAUCUGUGCUUAAGCCGCUAUAAAUUUUUUGAAGAAGUACAUUUAUACAGAUUUGACACUGGACUUCCUCGCUUUCCCUGACGAGUUUUAAAGAGAGUCUAGUAGGUUUACCAACAACAUUCGCAUUUUGUUAAGCUUAAUAAUAUCAUGAUGGGAGCAUUCUCACACCAUCAAUGAUGCCUCUAAGAUUGAGUAAUUAUCAUUAUUAUAACCGAUCCAUACGUGAAACAGCUGUUUACUUUCGGUGAACCGAAUAACGAAUAUAAUCAGGUGAUAAUACGACUGUUGCGAUGCAAAGAACUACUCUGAUGUCCGAAUUUACAUGAAAACAAAAUGACAACAGCACUAAAACAGUCUGCUCCCUAUUCUUUCUUUCAACAGGUGGUCGUAUGGAAUUGUACUGUGGGAAGUUUUCACAAUUGGUAAUCAAGAACAGAUUGAUUGUUGUAACAUUAGUUCCUUGUUGAAGAAGUAUAUAGCCGAGUUUAUGUAAUUUAGGAAUUUUUGUUUUUCACAGGUGACUCGCCUUAUCCCCGCUUCAAGUCCCGAGAAGUGCCGUCGUUGCUUGAAAGAGGGUAUCGAAUGCAACGGCCGAUCCAUAUUUCUGACGAACUGUGAGUUAUCACCAUAGUAAUAAUUAUCAUCAUCGUCAUCGUGACUGUGACUGUGAUUGUCAUUAUUAUUAUCAUUGUUAUUCUUGUUUUCUUUACGAGCUUUAAGUUAUAUACUCUAAGAAAGUAUAUCUGUUAUCGAUUCAUUUGGUUUGUCAAGAGGGUAAAUAGUGUGUUAUUAACAGGUGGCACGAUAGCAUAAAUCGAUGGACUGAAUGACUGUUGGGACGUAUCGAGAUUUCGAGGUAUAAUGGGGAGUCCAAUAAUGAUGAGGAUUACAUAAAGCGAUAUUUCACCGUAUAUACUUAUAAAAUAAAUGGUUCAAAUUGUUUUGGUUUUCGUUGAUGAUUGAUCGAAUAGGCCAUUUCCGAAGUUCUCCAACCAUCUGUUUCAAAGCGAGGCUGAGUGCGAAACCAUGGGAUAUGUAAGGGAUUGUUUCUUCUAAAAAGAAAAAAGAAAGGUUUUGCACUUAGCCUCGUUUCCAAAGUGAGGGUUUUUGGAACUCGGAAAUGACCUUUAGUUUGUUGAUAUGUUAGAUGAUGACCCCCAUCCGUCGGGAGGUAAAGCCCCAAAUAACAAGAGUUCGAUAAUUGCGGUGGUUAAUAAAUCAGUCAACCGGAAGCUUUAUUAUUUGUUUGCGGCCCCUGUUAUCAGGUUAUCUGUUAUGGCGAGGUGUCCUUUAAAUGGGAGUCAAAUUUAUGAGUUAAAUCAAAUCAGUUAAUCGAUCGACACAUUGUUUGGUUGCUAGAUCAACUGAAUUGUUCGCUUACCAGCUACCCCUUGUUUUUGGUGAGAAAACGCAUUGAUGAAUUAGAAUUGUGCUAUUUUCAGGUUUUCUGUUCUGACCGAAUGUUGGGCUGAGAAUGCCAAAGAGCGCCCUUCAUUCCAGUGGAUCUGUACUGCUGUUAAGAGGUUAACGAAGGACCAGAAGGUAGAGAGGCUGGACACAAUUACUAGAGAAAAGAUUAUCCGUGUAAUAUUCAUAAAGUAACUUAAAGUUAAAAUGCCAAUGACCAUGCAGCAUUAAAUAAAUUAAUAAUGCCCAGCAAUAUCAACACCCAUGUUAGAAAGCUGGAAAGAGAGGGACGGGUUCACACCAAUAAAGGAUCUUUAUUUCCCAGGUUCUCUUUAUAUCCCUCCUCCUUUGAAGACAUUCUAUGCAGAUUACGCUAUGUUAAUUAAGGAAAAUCGCAUUCUUCACCAAUGGCGUUUUCCUCUUAUUGCUUCUUUAAAACAGGCCUACAUCAACCUUGAUGAGUAUAAUGAUGAAGAUUACGUCAAUUUUGACAUGUUUGAUGAAACUCUCUAA